CUCCAGCCAAAGUGUUUGCAAUGGCGAUCUUCACGUUAACUGCUGUUUGCUCCUGCUUCUUGUUGUCCGUCAUCCUGGCAGAGGACAGUGACACUGCCAUCAUUUAUUCAAGCUCAGGAGUGAUACGUGGGUUCACGCAGCAGGCCUUUGGUAGAGUUGUUGACACUUACCUCGGCAUACCAUUCGCCGAACCGCCUGUCGGAGACUUACGCUUUAAGAAACCAGUACCAGUGAGACCGUGGAAGGGCACGCUGAACGCCACCGACACCUCACCACCUUGUCUUCAGUUUCAGUUUGAUAUGACUAUGGACUGGGCCAAGAGCAAGAAGAAACCAUCCGAGGAUUGCCUCUACCUCAAUAUCUGGACGCCUACAUGUUCAGACAGUGACUGUAACUGCACGCUUAAGCCGAUUAUUAUAAAUGUUUUUGGCGGGGGUUACAGUAUAGGCGCAAGCGACUGGGACGUCUACGACGGUCUCUACAUGGCUGCACGUGGCGAUAUCAUUGUCGCUAACUUGAAUUAUCGCGUUGGCGAGUUUGGGUUCCUGAACGGCAAGGUCCCAGAUGCGCCUGGAAACCAGGGUCUCCACGAUACCCUUCUUGCUGUCAAGUGGAUCAAGGAAAAUAGCAUGUCCUUCGGUGGGGAUCCAAACCGAAUAACGUUAUUUGGGGAAAGUGCUGGUGCUGUGACAGUGGGUUACUUCAUUGUGUCACCUUUAGCGCGAGGCCUAGCGAGUCGACUUAUUAUGCAGAGCGGAAGUCCUUACUGGAAGAUAGGAGACAAUACUGAAACAGGACCGGAGAAGGUGCUGAACAUGGCACGACAUGUCGGUUGUGCAGACGCUGAAAUGUCCUUCGAGCAGGACCACGACUGCAUUAUGUCCUGCUUGCGCACUGUUCCGGGACACGUCCUACUCCAAUCUGGCCAGCAACUGUAUGGAAAGAAGCAUUCUUCGACAUUUUUCCCAAGUUAUGGAGACGAAUUCCUUCCCGUGAAUCCUGCAUUGCAGUUCGAGAAGGGGGAGUUUCUGUCGGCUCAAGUUCUGAUAGGCAGCAACAAGGACGAAGGGUCCGCUUUCCUUUCCAUGAUCCUCCCUGAAGUGUUUCCACCUCACGAAAUCAGGAUAACGGACCAGGAAGAAGCAGGGUUUUAUAUCACGAUCAUGUUUCGGUACCUCAUGCGCAGAGGAAACAUGGCGGUGAGGGACCACUAUUUUGGAAAUCUGAAGAAUGCAAACGUAAGCUUUGCCUUGAAGACUAGUUCCGACGCUGUUGGAGACUACAGCUUCACAUGCCCUGCAAAUUAUUUUGCCCAAGCGGUUUCAAGCGACCAAGACAGCGACGUCUAUUACUAUUACUACACGCACAGGUCCUCUCGAACAUACAGGUCGGAGUGGAUGGGUGUGGCACACUUCGAAGAGUUUCCUUUCAUUAUGGGACUUCCUCUGAGACCCGGUUAUAAUUACACGCAAGAAGAAGUGGAAUUCAGCGAGACAAUGAUGGAUAUAUGGGUCACUUUCGCAAAGACAGGCAAACCGCCUGUUGUUCAUGGAAUCCUGUGGCCGAGAUACUCGAGAGAGAAACCGCUCCACGUCGAACUGAACCCGAAACAUUUCCGUGUCAGCAACGGCGUUCACGAAGACAACUGCCGUUUCUGGGAAACGUAUAUUAAGCCAAAAGUUGCCGCCUAA